AUGAGGAACAGAGAGAAUGAAGUCUUGGCAAAUAUUGCAGCUCGGAGGAGAGGAGCAAGAGGGAGAGGAGUUGCCAGGCAGCCAGCCGAGCAAACUCCUAACCCAGCUGCCACCCAGGCCGAUUUUGCCGGAGCAAGUCAGGUGAUGACUCAGCUCCUUCAGAUGCAGCAGCAAAUGCAGCAACAGAUGCAGCAGCAGAUGCAACAGCAGAUGCAAAUGCAGCAGCAGGUGCAGCAGCAGAUGCAGAUGCAGGUGCAGGCCACUGUUCGACCUGCACAGUCCAUUGAGUCCUACUAUGAGCGAUUCCGUAGGCUCAACCCACCUAUGUUUGAUGGUGGAGCUGACCCUCUGGUUGCUGAGACCUGGAUUCGGGAGGUAGAGAAGAUGUUCAAAGCCUUACAAUAUCCCGAAGAAGUGAAGGUCAGAUUGGCUAUCCCUAUGCUGAAGGGGAAUGCAGAGUUCUGGUGGACGGCCAUUGAAGCUGCACUCGAGGGUGAGGAUGAUCUACCAACAUGGGAGGAAUUCAAGAAGAUGUUUUAUGACCAGUAUUUCCCUGAGUCAAUUAGAAUAUCUAAAGAAAAUGAAUUUUUAUCUCUAAGGCAGACAGAUAAUAUGACUGUGCUAGAAUAUGCCAAUAAAUUUACUGAACUGGGUCGGUUCUGUCCUCAAAUGAUAGAGGUUGAGAGAAGCAAGGCUAAUAGAUUUGAGCAGGGCCUGAGGGACGAAAUUCGAUCCCGGUUGUCAGUUUUGAUUUUUACCAGCUAUGGAGAGGCCCUGGAGAGAGCACUGAAGGUAGAAACAGAUCUGAAGAGGUCAGAGAAGGAAAAAGAUGAUCCAAAGAUAUCCAGAAUGAUUGAAAGUCAUAAUAUCAGGCUAGGGGACACUGAGGGUAAUGCAAAUAAGAAGAAGAGAUUUGAGGCCUGUACCUACUGCGGCAAGCCUCAUGGGGGGCCUUGUCUUAAGAAGAUGGGAGUUUGCUUCACUUGUGGUCAGCAUGGACAUUUGGCACGGGACUGCCCAAAUAAAAAGAAGAAUGACUCGGAACCUGUUGAAUAUGGUGCUCGGCUUUUACAUUGA